AUGCUUCAGAACACAGUGUAUUUGCAAUGUCUAUAUAAUGUAUCACCUGCCUGUGCGUGUAUAUUGUGUUUGUGUAUGGUUGAGCCCAACAAUCCCCACUAUAGAAUCAAUGGCUUCAUGGACCAUGCAGAAUGCAGCAGUGAGGUCACUCCACUCUUUAGUAUGGGAGUUGCACCUUUGCAGCUGGUUUGCCUCCUAUCACGCCAGACGCCUCGGAAGUGCAGAGCAGCGACACGCCGCGCCUGUAUCACGGGCGUCCAUUAUGGAGGCUUUGUUCCCCUUUGAUCAGUGAAUUAUGCGGCGCCCUUGGGCCUGAACCUCUGGGUGGUGUGAGAGCAGUGCUGCUCCACAAUGCCACACGGUGGGCGGUGUGACCCGCAGGUAGGGUGGGCCGAGCCAGACUCAGAAUGAGUUCAAAGUAGCUUUUGUGGGACAUUGAAGAAGUCAGGUCAUGAAUAAGGGAUAGAGCUGAAAGAAACGUGCGUUUGUUACAUGAGCAGAUGACGUGGAAGGCUCAUUUGUACCGCCAGAGUUUGACCACACAGGCAGUACAUUUGAGGGUCACGUGUUCUCGCUGGGCUCCACGCUCUCCGCGGCGCUGGACUUUGUCAUCGAGCCGGAGUUGCAGCAGGCGGAGCUGGGGGAGGAGGCCCUCCGAAUGUUGGAGCUGAUGCAGGCGGAGCUUCCUGACGACAGGCCACGCCCACAGGACAUCCUGGCCCAGGCCGAGCAGAAGCUGGCCCCCAACUCCUCCUCCGCUGUGUGUCGCAAGCUGUCCUCUGUGGGACGCCGCGUCCUCUCCUUAGAGUCUGUGUCCAACUUCAACGGUGCCAGCGACGACUCCUGGGAGGCGCGGUGGCAGCACGCCGAGACCAGAAGUCCGUUCCAGAGCCCCGUCUCCGAGGGCGACAGCGACGUCAACAACGCAGCGGACGGCGUCAGCCGUUCGCCGUCGUCGUCAUGGCGGCGGUGGCGGGCGUGCGAAGACCCCUGGGACCCGUACCUCUGGGCGGCCGACAUGGAGGACGACAGCACCCCGAUGGCCCGGUGGUCCGGGCCCCCGCCGCCGCAGGGGCGCUCCAGCCGGGGGGUCCUGAACCGGUCCUGCUCCGUGCCGGACUCCAACAAUCCCCCGUCCUCGCUGGCGCCGGCCGCCCACGGGGACAUCAGCGUGCCCGUGUCGGACCUGACGGAGAUCGGGCCGGACGAGGACGAGCCCCCGGGGCGCGUGGCGGCCUGGAGCGGUGCGGCCCGCCGCCGGAGGCCGCUGGACCGGGGCCAGUCCUGCGAGUGCUACCCCGUGUCCCGGGAGUACGCGGCGGACCCCUCGACGGACUGGCGGCCGCCGCCAGAGGACGGCGAGAAGGGCGCCGGGGAGUGUACGUGUCGUGGCGACACGGCGAUGGCCAACGGCGGCGGGGGCGAGGGGAAGCGCGACCGCGGGGACGAGGGGUCACCCGUGCCGGGUCGCAGGGCGGAACGCGGCCCCGGUGACGACGACGACGAGGACGGAGGAUCGCUCGGGCGCCUUCUCUACGCUCCUAACAACCACAUGACCAAGAGCAUGCUGUGUCUGAAUGAGGAAACCCAAGAUGAGUGGAUCUCUCUGAGGGAGCUGCUACCUCGCUGUGGACGCAGGCUCAGGGUCAAUGAGCUGUGGGCUCUGUGCUACACCUGCCUGGCCACGCUCCAGACCUACAUCGACUUCCCAGCAUACUUAUGUCUGGACACAGUUUACGUGGGCUGUGAGGGAGAAGUGCUGUUCUUAAAGCCCAAAAACGUUGGUUCCUGUGAUGCGUUUUAUCUCGCCCCAGAAUUUCAAGACCACGGGAUCAUGACUGAGAAGGCCUGUGUCUACGGGGUGGCGGCUAUUCUGUGGGCCACCGCCAAGUUCAGCCUGUCGGCCAAUCAGAAGCUGGCGAUGCCUCGCCAGCUGAAGAGACUGCUGAUGGAGAUGGCCAGGAGGACCCCCAUUGAGAGGCCUUCCAUUGUCAUGGCUAAAAAGAGCUGUCGUGACUACUUAUCACACCAAGGGACCACUGCUGAAACAGUGUGGACCAAGCUGAUUGACGCAACUCAACAGCAACACCUCAAGUCAACUGCCCCAGAGAGUCACAUCAAAGUGGAGGCCAGUCCCACGUCACCUGAGCACUCACCAGCACACAUCACCAGUGGCUUUGUGCCACUGGCCACUGAGAGCCGACUGGCUCCUGUACAUGGCCCUGUUCCCCACAGCUACCCAACCAGCAUGCUGCAACUCCAACUCCCAGAGGCCUUCACUUCUAGCGCAACACACUUCAGCCCCAUCAUCCUGACCCAGGAAGAACGCUCAGAGGAGGAGGGGACCUCAAAGCCUGGAGCUGCUAUGGACAGAACUGUGGACUUUGCUAGUUGGGUGGUCCCUCAACCAAAGCAGGAAGGAGGCUUUGUUUUCACCUCACGCCGUGACAACUCAUCGCUUACGCAAACCUUUGUGACGCAUCUCGACGUUGCCGUUGUGCCUGAUGGACACGCUGAUGGAACAGCCAGGAUGAUAAGCCGGGGACAGUCCUCCAGCCAAGGCCCACUUUUAAACCCUAUCUCUGCUCGCUCUGGUACCUCCCAGCACAGAACAAUAGUCUCACUUCCUGUCGCCUCUGCUUCUGCUCACCUCAACCGCUUUAAGAAUUACCUGCUAUGUCAGGAUCUCACCAACGGACAUCUGACACUGGUACCCGUCAGGUACCCGACUCCAGCGUCAAACACAACCCAAUCCACCGAGUUGUAUCUGGGCUCAACCCGGGAACAACAAACCAUCUAUUCCAAAUCCACCAAGUCUCAGUCAGUCAAUGGUUUGACUGGUUCUGUUGGUCUACAACCACAAAGCUGCCUCCCUGACUUCCAGAAUUUGGGUCCUUCUGAUGGACAAAGGGAGCACGCUGGAUCCGGAAGCCAGGACAGCGAUGGGUGUCUGGGGGCUCCACCUGGGUCAUUGGGCCCCCUGGCUUGGUCCGCCAAGGAGGUGGAUGGAGAACCACCAGAGCUUGGCCACUACCUUCACCCUGCCCUGCGAGAGGUGAUAGACCUGCUGAAGGGAGAGUCUGACCACGAGGGCUGCAUGGAGAACAGCCAAGAGGGGUUGGCCAUGGGCAUAGGGGAGUACAUCUUCUCCUUGAAGGACCUGCAGUACCGGUCCUUUGCCACUCUGGUCAGAGAAAGGUUCAGCGAUCUAUACUGGGAAGAAGACUUGCUCGGGCUUUUACACUGCUUAGUGAGCUCCAGCCCAGCAAAACUGGGCUCUAAUGGGACUCUAGCAUCCGCCUCUAUCUCGCCCGUCAGUCCCGCCGUCCAGACAAGGGGGGCGAGAGACCCCCACCUGCGCCACUUUUUGGAUCUGAACGGGAACCUUCACUUCAGCGGCCCCGCUGCCCAGGAACGAUCCAGAGGAACCGGGACCACCACGUCCAGUCCUCGGGUCACCGGACCAAUGUAUCAAGACCUCGAAGAAACGUCAGAAGAACUUCCGGACUAUACAUGUUCAGAGGUGGGCGCCGGGGGCGGGCUCCCCGAGGAGAUGGAGGUCACCCCGGGAGAGGAGCGUUCGGCGGGGGGCGGCCAUGAAAGCCCUGCCUCUGAAGACCGCUCUCCCUCGGGGCGGCACGGGGGCGGCGGGGGCGGCGGGGGCAGCCAGGGCGGCGGGGGCAGCCAGGGCGGCGGGGGCAGCCAGGGCGGCGGGGGCGGCGGGGGCGGCGGGGGCGGCGGGGGCAGCCAGGGCGGCGGGGGCGGCGGGGGCAGCGGGGGCGGCGGGGGCGGCGGGGGCAGCGGCAACGGGGGAAGUGGCGAGGAGCUGAGCAGCAGUCCCGGCUGCCCAGACGACAUGGAGGACGACGGCGGCUCUCUGGGCUCCUCUGCCGAGCGGCGCCCGUCUCCGGGCGGAGGCUGGGACACGGGGCCGGCCCCGGACCACGGCCCCGGGGCCGGCCCGUCCUGGGCGCUGGCGUACUACGGGGAGGACUACUUCGGCACGGAGGUGGUGCGCUACGCCCAGAGCCUGGGACAGCACUCGGGGUCGGCGUGUCUGGACGUGAAAGCGCAGGAGCUGCAGCAGCAGUUGGUCAUUGAGAAUAGACAUCUGAAGAAAACCAGGAACUUCUACCAGAAGCUCCUGCAACAAGACCGGAAAAAGAAAGGUUCGGAGUCCAAACUGAUGCUGGGUAGGGUGAGCACCCAGCUUGAAGAACUCAGAUCCAAAGUGGAGUUCCUAUAUUCUGUGAAGAAAUAUCUAAAGGUGCUGCAGGUGGACCAGUGGGGCCUGGAGGUGGCUCUGCUGCCAGCGCUGGCUGACCACCACCUCGGCGCCUCGGAGCGGCCUGACCCCGGCGACCCGGCGGUCCUCAGCUUCGGGCCGCAGACGGGCCGGGGCCGGAGCACUCUGCAGGCCGGCUCCCCCAAGGGGCUCAUGGCCCACCUCUAUGCUCGAGACGCGGCCCUGGACGGCUACAUCCAGCAGCUCCUCUACACCUACCGCUACUUCUGCACCAGCGAGCAGCUCCUCCGGUUCCUCAUGGACCGCUUCAUCGCCGCCGCGAGAGGCCCAGACAUAUCAGGGAGCCACAUGAAGGUCCUCCACCGGACCCUGGACCUGUUGGAGGCCUGGCUCAUAGACUGCAAACUGGUGGACUGGACCCCCUGCUCUAGCAUUCUGACAACACUGGAGAACUUCCUCAAUGCUGAGGUGGUUCCUGUGGACAGCAGAGGGGAGACCUUAUUGGCUACCCUCCACAGCCCCCCAAGGAAGCGGCGGAGCCAAGGAAGUGAUAGUCCAAUCAGCCUUGACCAAGAUAAUGACUCGUUCUCGAUGCACUCAUCAUUUGAGGAUGCAGAGAAAAGGCACUGUCACUGGAGGAUCUCCAGGGUGGUGGAGCCCCAGGAGAAGGCCUUCUGCAUCGCGGCCGUCCUGCCCAUGCCCAGCUACGGGUCCCUGCUCAGCAGCGACCCCUCCUCUGGCUUCCCGCGGAGCCAGGAGCUGCCCUUCAGCUUGAGCCCCUGCAGCGCCCAGAGCACAGCCCAGCAGCUCACCCUGCUGCAGCAGGAGGUUUUCCUUGGCUGUCAUCCGGUUCACUUCCUUAACUCCAGAGCAAAAGGGGUCAGGGAUUAUGCUUUGAGUCCCAACAAGAACGUGUGUCGCCUUGUCACACCAGCAGAGGGCAGUAGUCUAUUUGCGGGUGAGGAGACCUCACCGUCAGACGGCUUCCUCCAGAGGUUGCUGGCUUAUGCCGACAGUGUCACUGACUGGAUCGCUGCUGAAAUAGUUAGCAGUGACUCUUUCAAGGCGCAGGCGGCCGUGAUGACCAAGUUCCUGCUGAUCGGGAAACACUGCUACGAGUCGCGCGACUUUGCCACCGCCAUGCAAGUCCUCGCCGGCCUGGAGAACGUGAUUGUCAGGCAAUUACCAGCGUGGAAACAUCUGUCCUCCAAGGUGUGUGAGGUCAUGGAGGAGCUGCGAGCCGUGCAGGUGUUCCUGAAGAGCGAUGACCUGUGUCUGAUGGGGGGAGAGCAGGCUCGGAGGGGAGGGACCCUGCCGUCGGCCCGCAUCCUGGCCAUGCACGUGCAGCAGCUGGAGAUAGGAGCCUUCACCCUGGCCACUGGAGCCUACAAGUGGACCAAGCUCAGGAGCAUAGCCAGGGUGGUGAGCCAGGUGCAGGCCUUCCAGGAGUCGGUGUACCCCUACAGCCCCGAGCGCCAGCUGCAGGGCUACCUGCGCCGCCGCAUCCAACACCUCAGUGGCUGCGACCUGCACCUCCUCGCCGCCGACAACGACGCCAACUUCCAGCAGCCCUCCGCCCAGCGGCACGUGCGCCGCAUCCAGGAGACGCUACGAAGGGUCCGGGGAAACUUCCAAUGACCGCCCUCUUUGCCUUCUCCUCCUUCUCCUCUUCCAGCCCCCCCCCCCCCCCCGCCCCCCUUCUUUCACCGCCACCCCCCUGUGACCUCCUGUGAAGAUGCGUGUAGGCGUUAAUCCCAUGAUUUCCUUGUCGCUGUCUUCCUUCUUGAUACAGUGGGAGGGCAUCAGUGUUUUUUUAGAAGUGUAGCGUUUAGAAGUGACUGCACAUGCUCAGUGGGUUGUUUACCUCCUCUGGACUUGCAUCCGCUUAAUAUAAGUGGGUUCCCAAGAAGAUAUCAUACGGAUGGAUCUUACUUGUUUUGAUGUGCUUUGGCUCACCGACGGGAGUCUAUGGCCCCUGAAGGAAGAUGUGUUUAUGUUAUGUAAAUUUGAGGCAACCCUUGUGAGCAGGCAAAAAGCACUGGCUGUUUUGGUCGUUUCAUACAUCAGCAAUAAAAACUUAUCUUGAUCAAUGCAUAGCAUGGCGAAUAGACGUUUGGCUUCGGGCCUGUGAAACUGACAAAACACAAUGGGAACGCCAAUAAAGCCCUCAGUGUGAUCCCAAGACGGGGCAUAUCUGCCCUGGAGACAGUCAGGACAGCCUUUUCCUGCCUCCCUUGCUACAAUAAAAAGUUGUGUCUACCCAUCACAAUAACAUUCAUAGAGAUAGUUUUAAAUAAGAUAUGGUUUGUGACAAAUGUAUGUGUUGUGAAUAGUUUGCUAUGAAAUUCAAAAGCACUUUGCAACAAUUAAAAACCAGCCAUCACCAUUGUUUAAAAUGUAUUCUGCUUUUGGUCCACAAACCAAAUUGACUCUGAAAUAAAAAAGUUGUCGGUGCAUAAAAGUGUUA